AUGAAGCCCACUUCCGGAAAGCUGGCCUUCUUCGGCCGCAUCGCGGUUGCCGCUCUACUUACCACUCACGUCGCCGGGCAUUCCUGGAUCGAGCAGCUAGUCAAUAUCAACGACAAUGGAAGUUACGUUGGCGAGUGGGGCUACAUGCGCAACUUCAUGGAUAAGGGCGUUCCCGCGAAUGCUGGCGCCGUCCAGGACCAUCAAAAGUAUAGCCUGCCCCUCAGCGUCGCAACAGGGCUGUUCAUCACCGACCAAAUGAACAUAUGUAACCCGGAUGCUCAGAAGCCUGGCCAGGCCGACAAAUUCCCCAAGUUGAAGACUGCACCCGGCAACUAUGUCGCCAUGAGAUACUCCGAGAAUGGCCACAUCUCGCAGCCUCUGCAGCUACAAGGCAAGCCCAACAAGGCUGGUACAAACUACGUCUUUGCCACCACCAACCCAAAACCAGGCGAGACUCUCGCCAACGUCAUGCUGUGGACUGCCGACGGCAAGGGUGGGGAUGGCAACGGUAGACUUCUUACGGCGCAGACCUUUGAUGACGGCCGCUGUUACGAAAAAAGUGCCUUUCCUAUCGCUGUACAACGCAUGGCCACGACACCCAAUGCCGGUCUCCCCCUUUUCUGCGAGACCGAUUUCCAGAUCCCGAAGGAUGCCAAGACUGGCGAACAGCUCACCCUCUACUGGGUCUGGCAAUGGCCUACCCUUCCCGGCAAGGAUGGCAACGAUGAACUUGGCAAAGACGAGUAUUACACUUCUUGCAUGGAUGUCGAUAUCGUUGAUAAAGUCGACACGAAUGUCAAGCCGUCCUUCACACUGGCCCAGCAAGAUUCGUGGACAAUAGCCGUGUCCGACUUCAAGUCUCGCACUGCACUGCCAUCGAGCACGAAUCCCACCGAUGGCGAGCUCGGAACGAUCUUCAAGAAGCAGGGUGGCCAGCAAACGGCUCAACCUACAGGUGCUCAGCCCACCGGCGUGGCUCCUAGUGCUACAAGUCCGGCUCAACCUACAGGUGGCCAGCCCACUGGCGCAGCUCCUACUACUACAGGGCUUCCUAUUCCCACCAUCACGAACCGCGCCGGCACUACCAGCAUCGGCGGCGGCGGCAAUGGCGCCGAAGACGUCGUGACAGUCACCGUCACCGAAAUGGUCACCGUCACCGCUCCCCUCAGCACCGCAACCCUCGCCGCGCGCGCCGUGCCCGACGAAGACAAGGUCGUGUCGCACAUGCGUCAACACGGCAAUUCCGCCAAGUUCCGUGGCCGCGUCUAAUUGCCCCCCUGCCGGCCCUCUCUACAACAUAUCUCUUUCUUUCUCACGCGGCUAAGCGCCUAGAUGCCUAGCCCCGGCGGCCCUGUCAUAACUUUCUUCCAUUUCUGGGCUUGAUGCCCGCGCGAUAAAGCGCUAUUGAUAGACUACUUUGGAAACGGUAACUACUUGUUUGGAACAAGAGGGCGUUUUCUCGUCAAUUACACACAUUUUCCUCUGAUACACGUUUUUUUUCCCUCUCCUUUUUUGUACUUGUUUUGCAUAGCGUGGGUACUGCAUUGCAUUCGGUGCAUGGGAUGGCGCAACUCGUACACACUGGACUACUGUGAGGACUGGGCUGG